UAUGAGAAAACAAGCAAUUUUUAUCGGGAGUUCGGUUGCACUUUGAUUAAAGCAAAAAGGAAAACCAUCGCCCGUGUUCGUAUACAUUUACGUAAUGGCAACGUUCCGUUUGGGCACUAUUGCGACGAUAACGGCGAGAUUUCCUCUACAGAAUGUGACCAAAGUGCAGCGGAUUGGUUUGGUACGUCGUUUGGCUACGGGAGGAGCACCGAAAAAGCCCACAAGUACACUCGGUCUGGCGCUGAAAGGUGUCGCGGUCGGUGCUCUGGUUGGAACGGGUUGGUCCGGCUACAACUACUUCAAAGGUGGAGUGACCGAUCAUAUGCUUCACGAGCAUGUGGGACCGAAGGUUCUUGAUAAGCUACCGAAUGUGAAGAUUAUGCGCCAAAUCGUCAAUCCGAAGGAUGAUUCUGGUCUGGAUUUAGUAUUGUUUCAAUUUCAAACCUGCCCGUUCUGCUGCAAGGUAAGAGCGUUUCUAGAUCACAGUGGACUCUCCUAUUCGGUGGUUGAGGUGGACGCCGUUCUCCGUCAGGAUAUACGGUGGUCGGAUAGCAAAAAAGUACCGAUCCUGUUGGCAAAAACCAAAAACGGAAAGUAUGUUCAAUUGACAGACUCGAGUAUGAUCGUCUCCGCGAUAUCCAGCUAUCUUCGCGACAAGACACAGGACAUCGGGGAACUGGCCACGUACUACCCAUCCAUAUCGUACGAAAAUGACGCUGGCAGAAAGGUUUUCGACAUCAUGAACAAAUAUUUCCUGAUGUUCCAAGAGAAGAAAGUUGAUCCACGAUCGAAGGAAGUGCAAGAAGAGGAGCGAAAAUGGCGCGCAUGGGCAGACGAUCAUCUCGUGCACUUGAUCUCCCCCAACGUGUACCGCACGAAAGAGGAAGCGCUGGAAACUUUUGAAUGGUUUUCCGACGUCGGCGAUUGGAGCAUCCAUUUUCCCAAAUGGGAGCGCGAUCUGAUGGUCUACGUGGGGGCAUUUGCAAUGUGGGGCAUUAGCAAACGUCUCAAAAAACGUCACGAGCUCAGCGACGAUGUACGAUCGCAUAUUUACGACGCGUGCGACAAAUGGAUCAAUGAGGUGGAGAAGAAGAAAAGCACCUUUUUCGGUGGCUCGCAGCCCAAUCUAGCCGAUCUGGCAGUGUUUGGUGUCCUCAAUAGCAUGGAAGGAUGCCAGGCAUUUAAAGAUUGUUUGGAAAACACGAAAAUCGGUCCGUGGUUCUAUGCCGUUAAAGAGCAGGUAAUGAAAAAUCGUGGAAAAGUACUUUAAGGAUUCAUCGGUUGUGGUUUGUUAGUAUUUUAAAUGCCGUUGACUCAAAAUAAAAAGAUG